AUGGAGCCGCGCCUGCUGAAUACGACGACGCUGACCUUUGAGCUCCCGCUCCAGAUCCAUCAAGAAGAGGCCGCUUCGGAACAUAGUUCUAAGAGGCCGUAUGUCAUCCUGUCUCACUGCUGGGCAAGUAACAAUGACCACGAGGUCAAGUACGACGAUAUCAUUUCUGGAUGGAAGCGCCAGAAACCAGGCUUCCCCAAAGUGGAAGGCACAGCAAGGCAAGCGAGAAAGGAAGGGCUCGACUGGAUCUGGAUCGACACCUGCUGCAUCGAUAAGCGGAGCAGUGCUGAAACCACUGAGGCCAUCAAUUCGAUGUACAGAUGGUAUGAGGAAGCGGAUCGAUGUUACGUGUACUUGCAAGAUGUUGGGCCGGGGUCUGACAUAUCGUUUCGCCAAAGCAGAUGGUUCAAACGAGGAUGGACUUUGCAAGAACUCAUUGCUCCCGCCGUCGUAGAAUUCUUUGACUCCGAAUGGACACAUCUGGGCUCCAAGGAGACGCGUGCCAACGAGAUAUCGGAGUGUACUGGCAUUCACGUCGAAGUACUGUUGGACCGUAAAAUCAAAGAAUACUCCAUCGCACAGAAGAUGUCAUGGGCCGCCGACCGAGAGACAACCAAGUCAGAGGAUAGGGCAUACUGCUUGCUAGGACUCUUCAACAUCAAUAUGGUCCCGAUCUAUGGAGAAGGAGAGAGGGCCUUCAUCCGCCUGCAGGAAGAACUCAUUAGGAACAGCGAUGAUCACACGAUAUUUGCCUGGUCAAUGGAUCCAACAAAAUACAGGCUCUCCGGUCUUCUGGCGCCGAGUCACAGGCAUUUCAAAGACUGCUCUAGCGCGAAAGCGUUGAACCGCUGGAAAGGUCAAUGUCACAUGGAGUUCCACCCUCGCCCGUCGAGGAGUCCAGGCACACGAUGGCAUCUGGCGGUUGAGGUGCGACCGUCGCCUUGA